CCUGCACAGCGAGUGCUGGAGCACUAGCUGCCGCUAGCUCGGUCAGGGCGCCCCCUCCGCCCGCCUCCCGCUUCCUCCUCCGCUGCCUGCCGCCGCCGCCUCCUCCUCCUCCUCCACCAUUGUAUAAUGCUCCGAGCGCGCAGGCAGAGGACGGCGGAGUCUUAGCUUCGGUCUCGCCUCCAGCCCGCUCCUCGGAGCCACCCUCGGGCCCCCGGAGCGGGGGAUUCCGCAUGGAGCGGGAGUAGCUUGAGGAGUGGGCAGAAACCCCUCCUGAUGUGUUAGUUCCCAGGUGGAGCUGCAUGUGAUAUAUGUUGGGGAAAGGAGGAAAACGGAAGUUUGACGAGCAUGAAGAUGGGCUGGAAGGCAAAAUCGUGUCCCCCUCCGACGGUCCGUCCAAGGUGUCUUACACCUUACAGCGCCAGACUAUCUUCAACAUUUCCCUUAUGAAACUCUACAACCACAGGCCCCUCACAGAGCCCAGCUUGCAAAAGACCGUGCUCAUCAACAACAUGUUGAGGCGGAUCCAGGAGGAGCUGAAGCAGGAGGGCAGCCUGAGGCCCGCGUUCCCCGCCUCUUCGCCGCCCGCCGACCCGCUAGGCUCCAGCUACCGGGAGGCGCCGUCAGCCUUCAGCCACCCCGCGCCCGCGCCCUGCGAGCUGGGCGGCGCUGCGCCCCUGGAGGCCUGCCUCACCCCCGCCUCACUGCUCGAGGACGACCAGGACACGUUUUGCACUUCCCCGGCUGCGCAGCCUGCGGCCCCCGCCAGACUCACACCUCCUGCCCUCCCGCCGGAAAAGGACAGCUUCUCCUCCGCCCUGGACGAGAUUGAGGAGCUCUGUCCUACAUCUACCUCCACGGAGGCCGCGGAGGCCACCACCGACGACCCGAAAGGGGACUCCGGCGGGCCCGGCGCGCAGAGACCCGAGGGGAUCCAGGACGGCCGGCCCGACGACCCGAAACUGAUGGACUCCCUGCCCGGCAACUUUGAGAUCACCACGUCCACGGGCUUCCUGACAGACUUGACCCUGGACGACAUCCUGUUUGCCGACAUUGACACGUCCAUGUACGACUUUGACCCCUGCACGUCCGCAUCGGGGACAUCCUCAAAAAUGUCCCCCGUGUCGGCCGACGACCUCCUCAAGACGCUGGCCCCCUACAGCAGUCAGCCCGUCGCCCCGAGCCAGCCUUUCAAGAUGGACCUCACGGAGCUGGACCACAUCAUGGAGGUGCUGGUCGGGUCCUGAGCCCCGGGGCCUGUCGCCUGCACCCUGCACCCCGACAGCUCUCCGCACUGUGCAUGUACCCUUGCUUGCCUUUUUCUGAGAAAAAGAACAUUCUACAAAAGGAUCACACUAGUUUUUGCUUUGAGCAGAGUUGGAGUGCCUUCAUCCAAGUAUGACCACUUUUAAUAUGCUUUUUUGAGUGGUUCCUCAGAGACCUAGUACCCGGGAAUAGGAAAGAAUACAUUUGAAGACAAUGUCGCUAUGUGGAAUGACAAAAAUAAACAGUUCAAGUGAAGCACAAGGAAUAAGUUGGAAAAGCUGUAAAUUGCAUGUGCAUAUUUGUCUAUUUUUUCUAUAAGUUUUAUUGCAAGAAGUAAAAGAAGAAAAUAUAUAUAUAUAUUAUUUAGAUAAUCUCAGUACCUUUUCCGGCAUUUUCGCCCUGUAUAGGUUGACUUGGCAAUUCAGCCUUUUUAGAGGCAUUAACUACUCCUCGUAAGUGUUGCAUUUACAUGGCUGUUUAGAAACUGCUGCCCAAAUUUAUUUUAUAUUUUUGUACAGAUUCCGCAGUUUAUGAUAUUGUUUUUCUAAAAACAAAUGCUGUUUAUACAUAUGAGAUAGCUAUUUUGAUAGGAUUUGCUCACAUAGUUCCUGCAAACUUCAGAUGUACAAGUUGCACUUGUACUUUUAUAGAGUUGUAAUGUUUUAUAUGUGUUUGGUGCAAAGAGAAAAUUGGAUCAAAUCAAUCCGCAGUUGAUGUCCCCAGAUGCGUGCGCGCGCGCGCACACACAAACACACACACACGCAC